UAAUUCUAUUUAGUAAACAAACUUGACACCUGAGUCGGAUACGUUUCGCAAUAUUUCAUUACCCGCUGAUUAAUAUUCCCAGUGCAAUAUCGCGGGUAAGAUAGAGAUACAAACACUUCAGUGCUUUAUCGUGUGUAGUCUAUUCUCUUCCUGACUUGCCUUUGAACUCAAGUUAUCGUGAACACAAUGCAAGGCGGAGAGAUCCCAGGAUAACCACCAGCGUCCAUCAUUGAUCAGGAUCGAGAAUCACUGAAACAUCACGUUAUCCAGACCAGGAAGUAGCCCGGCCUUGGCUGUUUGAUCACUGAAGUCCACCAUGAAAAGACAGUGGGGUCUGCUUGUCGGGGUUUAUCGGGAGUCUUCUGAGGAAUAAACGUGACAUUGAAGAUGUCUGUGAAGUACACACGCAUCCCAAUGACUGACUGGUCAGACCCCGAGGUAGGGGGGUCAGCUUUCAACUAUGGGUCAGCGUUUACCUACGACCAAAAUAUGACCGCCAAGUACAAGUCUGCAUUUACCUACUCCAACAAAGGCACAUUGGAGGUGGCAAGUAUCACUGAUUUUGAAACAGAAGAGAGCUUCGUUUCAAGACUGCUAUACAGGGUUGUCGUAGUUCUCAGCUUCAUCGUCUGGGUCAUCACCUUCCCCAUCAGUGUGUGGUUCAGCUUUAAGUCGGUGCCCAACUUUGAGAGGAUGGUUGUGUUUAGGCUUGGGCAUCUGAAGGGAGUCAAGGGGCCUGGGAUGGUGUUUAUACUGCCAGUGAUUGACAGAUGGCAUAAAGUGGAUAUACGCAUCAGAGCCUUCAAUGUCCCUCCCAAACAGGUUUUGACAGCAGAUGGCGCUGUGAUCGAGCUUGGUGCUGAUGUGUUCUAUCGUAUAGCUGAUGUUGAAAAGUCCAUCACCCACGUCCAGAAUCUUGACCAGUCCACACGGAUCCUGAUGCAGACCGCCCUGCUCAAUCUCCUGGUCCAGAGAAAACUGUCGGACAUCGAGAGCCAGAGGAUGGACAUCUCCAACAUUGUACAGGAGGAGAGCAACAAGCAGUCCAUGGACUGGGGAGUGGAGAUUUGUCGCAUAGAACUGUCUCAGGUGAAGGUCCUGCGGGGACCUCCCUCCAAGCCUCCCCCGCAGGUCUGCAUGCCCCCAGGGUUGUUUGGCGGGCUGGGUGGGUCAGGAAGGGGGGCAGGGGAACAGGACAACCCAGCCUUACCCGAGGCCUUGCAACAUCUAGCAUCAGCUUUCCUUGCAGCUCAGGGCCACAACCCGCCCGUACCAGUUGGGCAGCCCCUGCCACGCCCGGAUCUACUGAAGGUAGCAGCCUUGCGUACAGAACAGGAAGUUGUGGAGGGAUCCGGUCAAGGGCCGACCUUGACCCCUGAGGAGAUUCUGAUGGCUGCCCAGUCUGUGAUCACUGAAUCCCUGGUUCAGAAGGUGGCUGCGGUGUACCAGUUCCAGCUGACCGGGGACGGAGGGGGGAUCUACUACCUAGACCUCAGAAAUGGGCGUGGCAGUGCCGGAAGUGGUGCCUGUCCAAUUGGGGACAGUGACGCUUCUUUGAUGAUGACAGUCGGCGACUUGCAGGCCAUGUUUGCGGGGCGCUUGAAACCAUUCCAGGCCUACAUGAACGGCCGACUCCGUGUAGCAGGGGACCUUGCUGCUGCCAUGAAACUGGAAGAAGUUGUGAAGAAAAUAGUUGGGGAAUGAGAAGAGGCGAGGAUGAUUGUGACCAAGAUAUAGAAUCCCCCGUAGGAUUUGUUGUAAGAGCUGAUAUUUGUGUGUGUGUGUGUUGUUUAACAUUGCAGGGUGUUGCUCAUAACGUCUAUCACUGGUUUGUCUCGUCUAGACUUGAUUAUUUACAGGCCAUUGUCAUUGUGGGGAUUUCUGGUCCCCUACGCUGGUCACAAGAAAUGACUUAAUGGAUCGGGUAGUCAGGAGUGGCAGUGUUGAAUGUUCACAAAGAAUCUAGCCAGAUGACCAGACUGGCAACUCACAAAAGUUGCCUGGCAAGUUAGAAAGUUGCCAGUUCACAUUUUGCAAAUUGGACUACCCAACUCUUUGCAAAUGAUUAUAACAUCUCAGUCAGGUUAACAAAGCUCCACACAUCAUUUUGGCGUUCUCCAUUGUCAUGUCACACACAUACUGCACACUGUUGCAGCGUUCUGAGUACACACCAAAGCUUCAUGCAAUGUUCUAAACCCUAGCAUUAGCUGCAGUAAGAUUUCGUGCAGUCAUUAAUGAGUCACUUGGCUGUAUUCGUAGAUCAUCAUGUCAGCAAGUAUGUGUUUUAUUCAUAUGUUUUACAAAUAUUGUUUAAAAAAUCAACACAAUCAUUAGGCGUGCAUUUUCUAAAAGUGAACUGCCCGAGACAAAAACGGCUUGUCACGGACGAUCAGGCAGGCAAGUAUUUCCAAUGCAGGGAUUGGUGACUUAGGUGAUGCAUGUCACCGAACCCCUGCUUCUUGGAUCAUUGCUCAUAAUAUUAAUCAUUAGAUUGUCUAGUCUGGACUUGAUUAUUUACAGGCUGUCGUCAUAUAGCUGGAAUAUUGCUGAAUGCUGCAUACAAACAAACAAACAAACAAACAAACAAACAACAAAUCCAAAAGUGUGACAUUUUUUGGAACACAACAAAGCCAUAAUAUAAAUUUCCUUCAAUGUAUGAAGCCUGAAAAAACAGGGCUAUGCCAAAAAGUAUCAUUCUAUUGUGUAUACAUAUCUAGACCUUUGAUACCAUUGAAUUGUCAUUUUAAUGUCCACCAAUCAACGAAAGCUGGCAUGACGUUGUUGGGUCAGUGUUAUGGUGGAAACCCUACAUGAUGCUACUGUAAGAAUGCAGGAUGUUUUGUCUUUUUACAGUAACCAUGGUAACAUGUAUGUUAUUCAUCUACUUCUGAGAAGGCCAGAGACCACAUACAAUGCGUUUGAUGAAUUAUAUAAAAAGUAUGUAGUUACUUUCAUAUUAUGUGAUGUUUCUAUUUGUAUCUUUUAAAUUUUGGUUUCAAUCAAAAAUGGAGUGAAAAAAAUGUUAUAUUUUAUUUUUUGUUUGUGCUUUUGGCUGCUGUCAGACACAAAAGAUAAGAUCUGUUAAAUAAAACACUUUUAUAUAAAGGUUAGAUUGUACCUCUGAUGACCAGCUGUUAUUUCCAAGGCCAAAAGUAAAUGCAUGCGAUCAUCCAGUAAUAUUAUUUGAACAUUUACAAACAUAGGAGUGUGUGUGAUCUAUGGUGGGAGUAAUGUGACCAUUACAUUAAUAGCAUUUUUUUCUUUCAUGAUUUCCCACUUAGUCUACACCGAAUAACCUUUAUAAAAAAGGAUUGCCGGUGGGAGUUAUAACUCGUCUUGUUAGAACUAUUUCAUAUUUUGUAUUGAGGCAAGAACAAUGUUUUGUGUUUUUUCUUCUUCAUGUUUUCUUGGUCAUGCUAAGAUGCUCAAUACAAAUUGAGAAUAAUGAACGUUAUUCCUCAUAAAACGAAUGAAAUAAAAGUUACAAAAAGUUACGGAAAGGUGUGAAGAAUGUAUACAUGUUAAGUAAGGAUAAGAUAUAUAUGGAUGAACAACUUCUUUAUUACAAUUAGGAGUGACCUGUAGGUUCUAACACCAUUUCACGUCACUCCUAAUUGUAAUAAAGUUGUUCAUCCAUAUAUUUAUCCUUACUUUCUACACCAACUUUUCAAUGCCUCUCAAAGAAGCAUACAUGUUAACUCAAACACAGCAUUUAAUUUUUGCAAAAGAUAUGGUACGUUUGUGGGAUAAAAAGAUACUAAUUGGUCUGGUUAAUUAAUUGUUAAAAUUAAAAAAAAUAAAUUAAAUUUUAAAAAGUUUUGGUUGGCUUGUCUGUUAAAAAGAUAAUUUAUUGGUCAGUUGUGGAAUGGGCCUGGAAGUGCCAAUGAAUCGCCCUGUGCCGGUGUGAGUGUUAGGGAUGUUUUAAGUCUUCAUUUCUACAGGGGACACGGAUGGCCCAGGCGCCGCGAUUCGCUGUGCAGAGUUGCGUCCCUUGGGCACUCCAGAAACCUAUGAUUGUGGGUUCGAAUCCCAGUUCGCCCUAAUUAUGUUUCUAGGUUUGUCAGCACCAUACCCGUGCUCGUGGGUUUACUCACUCACUCACUCAUUUUUACAAUUCAUAACCACAUAUGUCACAUAUGUGACGUCUUUCAACUCAUGCUGAGUAUAUGUGAGUUCAAGGUGUAUAUGAUUUCGCAUAAUCAUGUUCUCACGUGAUUAAUAUUGUGUGUGUGUGAAGUCCUGUAUUUCUAUGUAUUGUGUAUUUAUUUUGAAAUACUGUACUCUUCUGAAAUCUAAAACAAAUCUCACUCCAAUGAUAUAACAUCCUAUCCCAGAUCUACUUUCAGUCUGCUUAAAUGAAAUAUGAUUUUCCGACUAGGGUCAUGAUUGUCUUUAAUUAAACAUUGGUGUCCACAAAUAACAUAUAAGUUUCCUAGCUAGGGCUGGGACGGGUAACUCGGGUACUCUGGUCGGGUGGAUACUGAGUAGGACCUGGGUAAACACAAGACUAUCCGGAUCGUGGUAAGUCCCGUGAUGUAUUGUUUCAUGACAAAAAUUCACUAUAAUUACAUGGUUACAUAACAAUUUUAAGUCUCUAAUGUUCGCAUUCCUUCAGACUUAUAAAUGUUUGAACAAAGAUAAAACUUCAGCCAACUUCAGUCUAUGCAUGACCACAUCGUUUCAUACGUGUAUCUAAAUACAGUUUGCCAGGACUACUGUCAUCCCAAAUCGGACAUUUUGUACCUAUCUCUUGACACCAACAGCGGGCACCCGGGUAGGGUCGGGUAAUAGGGGUGUGGGCAGCCGGUAGUAAAUUUGGACUCGUCCCAGCCCUAAUGUGCACUUCAUGACCUGAAGAAAUGGCGUUUUCGCUCAGGGCUGCACUGUUCGUGAAAGAGGCAGAAAUGUUGUUCUCUGAAAAAUGAUUGGUUGUGUCCUUAUGAAUUUACGUCUGCACCAAGAGUACCCGGGGCUUCGGUCCUGUCCACACUGAAGCACAUGCAGCACAUGUGGUGUCUCCUUGGCCAAGUGACUUCGUUCGAAAUGUACCUCUGUUAACCUCUAGCGCCUAUCAGGCAGCUUGGGCUGUAUACUCCCCAGGGAGCUGAGAAUGAUUCUUGAGUGCACACUGAUCCAGUGACCGUGGUAAUAAUAGCGCUCUUAGCAUGCCCCUGAGUGGUGUGGAAAUAUGCGGAAUAUAAGUGGCCUAUAAUUAUAUAAAACUUUUGAUCCAUCUUCAAAAUCGGGGAAUUAGGAGAUAAACGUUUUCUUUGUUAAGUUUUGAGGUGGUUCAUUGUUGAUUGAACACCGCUAAAUGUCAUUUAAAACCAAACACGUAAACAUGAGGUUUUAUGUGUAACAUUUAGCAAGGAAGAGAAUUUGUGGAUGUCAACUUCUUUAUUAUAGGGAACACCGCCUCCGUGGUCUUGUGGUAGAGCGUCCGCCCGGAGAGCGGAAGGUCCAGGGUUCGAUCCCGGGCCGCGUCAUACA